UAUCAGACGCGAGUACGUAGGCUUGAACAGGAAGUUGUCAUCGGAAGAAAUCGGAGAGAGAGACACAGAACAGUGGGCUGGAGAGAAAAAGGAGUGUGGUGCCGUUGGAACAGUCUUUGAGAAACGGAUAUUAUAAUAUUGUUAUAUAUGUAAUAUGGACUUUACUAAGUUAUUAUCCAUAGCGGCCCAGAAACAACAAAAUGCUGAAAAACAGCUUCCUUCUACAAAGAUGUAUACCACUGAAGUAUCUGCAGCACAGAAAAGGAAAAAGGAUGAAAAAGAAAAAUCUGAAGUUUUAAGGAAAUAUUUGGAGGAAAAAGAAGCAGAGAAAAAAAGGAAAGUUCUGGAGAAGAAGAAGCAAGAGGAAAAAAAGAGGAAACGAGAGGAAGCGGAAAGGAAACAGCGAGAGGAAGAAGAGAAAAGUAAAAGGUUUAAAAUACCUAAACUUUGUAAGUCAACAGAUUCAGGUUCAUCAAGUUCACACGACAAGUCAGAUGCUCUUAAUAAAUCCCAGAAUCAAUCCAAUGAAAGACUAUCAUCAGGAGUUUCCAGCAAUAAGUCAGCUGGUGAUAAAAAAGGUCACAGUAAAACUGAGAGUAGCAAAUCAACUGAAAAAGUGGCACUAAACAAGAAUCCUACAAAAUCAGAUACGACAGACAAAUCUCUGAAAGUGUCGAAUGAGAGACAUAAAAACACAUCUAGUCAUAAAGACAGUACAAACAAGGUGUUAAGUUCAAAUGUGAAAUCACACAGUUCAUCAAGUUCGAAGGAUACCUCUAGUUCAAAAGACUUAUCAAGAGAUAAACACAGUUCAUCAAGUUCUCGGGAAAAAAAUGGCUCAAAAGAAAGUUCCAGGGAAAAAUCUGGCUCAAAAGACAAUUCAAGAGAAAAGUCCAGUUCAAAAGACAAUUCAAGGGAAAAGUCCAGCUCAAAAGAGAAUUCAAGAGAUAAGUCUAGUUCAAAAGAGAAUUCAAGAGAUAAGUCUAGUUCAAAAGACAGUUCCAGAGAAAAAUCUAGUUCAAAAGACAGUUCCAGAGAAAAAUCUAGUUCAAAAGACAGUUCAAGAGAAAAAUCUAGUUCAAAAGACAUUUCCAGAGACAAGUCGACUUCAAAAGACAGUUCAAGAGUAAAAUCUAGUUCCAAGGAAAAUUCGCAAGAUACCAUUAAUGGGAAGUCAACAGGUUCAGGCGCUGGAGACGGUGUACAUGUACCAGAGUUCAGUAAUCGUGAAAUAGAGGCAACUAGAUGGACUAGUAAAUUGUCGGCUGAAGAACAGCUUCGCAUACGAGUGGAGUUUGAACGUAAAAAAGCUAGGUUGAAAGAGUCGAUGAAUAAAGAAAAAGACUGCAGGGUACGCAUUUCAGAAGGGAAACAACCUGUGUUUUCUAGAGUUCCUCCUGAUGAGGCCAAGAAAAAAGCUAAAGCAGAAGUUGAGGCAGAGAGGAGACAAAAGAAAAUUGAAGAACGUCGACUGCAGAAUGAACAAGAAAUAGAACGUAUAAUGCAAGGAGAAAAUAAGGAUGAUAAAUCCAAGCAGAAAUCUUUGAAACAUUCCAAAGAAAACGGAGAAAAACCUAAACCAGAAAAACCUAGACCAGUAAAACACAGACCAAUUAACUUGAACAAAAAUAAAGCACCUCCAAAAUUGAAUUUCCAGGAUAUUCUCAAACUUGCCCAAGAAAAAGCUCAAGAUCCUGUCGAGGCAGUUGUUGCAAAAAAACCUGAACCAGUUAAAGAUCACCGUCCAAUGACUCAAGAAGAAAAAGACAGACUUGAACGAAAAAAAUCCAAGGAGUACAAGGAUUGGUAUAAAUAUGGCCAAAGCAAGUCAACAUCAAAGCUUCCUGAGCAGAGGCAGUCGAAUUCCUCUAAGAGUGAUCGAUCUGAGAGGAAAUCAGAUUCACCAAAGCAUUGUGAUUCCUCUAAAAGUGAUAGAACUUCAAUGCCCUUUAAAAAACCCAGUAUGGGAGGGGCACCAGAACGGAAGCCUGUCGUAAACAAAACUGAUAGAGUGAAACAAAAUGGACAUAUGCAAAAGGCCUCACCUUCUGUCAAAAACCAAACCUACUCUAAAAAUUCUCACGAAAAUUCCCAAAAGAGACAUUCUUUAGAUAUUUUUACGGAAAAGGACGCUAUUAAUCUUUCUAAAAAGCGACACUCUCUGGAUGCAGUGAAAUCAUCUAGGGUAAAAUCCAAUCAUCUUAUUGGUGCUAAAUCAAAUGGUCAGAACAAGAGUGUAGACUCCAGAAGUGACAGACAAACAAAGAAUGUAGACUCCCGAAGUGAAAGACAAACAAAGAAUGUAGACUCCCGGAGUGACAGACAAGUUAAAGGUGAAAGCUUCCGAAGGGACAAACAGAAUACAAGUUCAGGUGAUCUCUCCAAAAAGAGAAAAUUGGAAGUGUCAUCCUCUAGUGUCAAAAAUCCUCAUAGUGAACAUAAAAAAGCCAAAACCAGUGAAAGUCGCUACGAUAGUACUAAUGAAAAUGUGUUGGUAUGUAGACCGUCCAGUAGUAAGUUAAAACGGUCACCACCGCCGGCAGCUAGCAAUCCCUGGGAUAGGAUCUACAACCAAGUGAAGAAAGAUAAUCCCAAACCAGUUAAGAAGAAGAAACAAGUAAUAGAAGACGAUUCUGAUGAUCUGGACGAGGAUUUGGAUGGAUUCAUCGAUGAUGACGACGAUAACUUCAUUGAGGAUGACAUGAGCAUGGAUUAUUCAAAACACAUUCGAGAAAUCUUCGGCUACGAUAAGUCAAAAUAUCGCUAUGAGAGUGAUUAUGAGAUUAGUAAUAUGGAGUCAAACUUCAGGGAACAAAUGAAAGAAGAAGCCAGAAGUGCCAGACUUGGUUUACAAGAAGACUUGGAGGACAUGCGUAAGGAAGAGGAGGAACUCAGACUCAAAGCACUUGCAAAAAAGAAAAGUGCCCAGAGGCGGUAGUGGUCAUUGAGGGUGGUCACUGAGCAAAGAUGGCAAGGUUGGUCACUGAGCAAGGAUAGCCAGGUUGGUCACUGAGCAAGGAUAGCCAGGGUCGUCACUGAGCAAAGAUGGCAAGGUUGGUCACUGAGCAAGGACAGCCAGGUGGUCACUCAGCAAGGAUAGCCAGGGUCGUCACUGAGCAAGGGUAGUCAGGUGGUCACUGAGCAAGGACAGCCAGGUGGUCACUGAGCAAGGGUAGUCAGGUGGUCACUGAGCAAGGACAGCCAGGUGGUCACUCAGCAAGGGUAGUCAGGUGGUCACUCAGCAAGGGUAGUCAGGUGGUCACUCAGCAAGGAUAGCAAGGUGGUCACUCAGCAAGGGUAGUCAGGUGGUCACUGAGGGUGGUCACUCAGCAAUGAUAGCCAGGUGGUCACUCAGCAAUGAUAGCCAGGUGGUCACUCAGCAAGGAUAGUCAGGUGGUCACUCAGCAAGGAUAGCCAGGUGGUCACUGAGGGUGGUCACUCAGCAAGGAUAGUCAGGUGGUCACUCAGCAAGGAUAGCCAGGUGGUCACUCAGCAAGGAUAGCCAGGUGGUCACUCAGGAAGGAUAGUCAGGUGGUCACUCAGCAAUGAUAGCCAGGUGGUCACUGAACAUGGAUAGUCAGGUGGUCACUCAGCAAGGAUAGCCAGGUGGUCACUCAGCAAGGAUAGCCAGGUGGUCACUCAGCAAUGAUAGCCAGGUGGUCACUCAGCAAGGAUAGCCAGCAAGGCCUAUACAGUUGUUUAUGUUAUUAUUUAUUUUGUAAAUUAUUUUUUGUCAAAAUAUCAUUUAGGUAAGUUUAGGUGAUACCAGCACUAUAUGGCCCAACACAGUUGGAUCCUUCUACGUAUCUAUUGAUGUAGGUGAUACCAGCAAUAUAGGGCCCAACACUGCCGGAUCCUUCUUAGUACUUAUUGAUGUAGGUGAUACCAGCAAUAUAUGGCCCAACACUAGUACUGACGGAUCCUUCUUAGUACUUAUUGAUGAAGGUGAUACCAGCACUAUAUGGCCCAACACUGCCGGAUCCUUCUACGUACCCAUUGAUGUAGGUGAUACCAGCAAUAUAGGGCACAACACUGCCGGAUCCUUCUUAGUACUUAUUGAUGUUCAGUUAUACAAUUAAGAAAAAAAGAAGAUAUAUGUAUUAGGAAUGAGGUUCAUGUCCUAUUCAAUAUGUGUGUGUGUGUGUCGUCAUGAACCUUUAUGAAUUGUUUCAGAUGUAUGUUGUAGCUGAUCAAAUUGAAAUGUUUUCUGGCAGGAGUCCUUCAUAAUCAAAGUAGGUCUACUGUUCUAUGAUAACGGUAUUUAAUCAACACAUGAUAUAUCUAUAGACGUUCUGUAGAUCUAUAUCCUGUCAACAGAUUGAUGAAAACGCACACUUCAGAUAAAAAAUGGUCAAAUCGCACACUUCAGAUAAAAAAUGGUCAAUUCGCACACUUCAGAUAAAAUUGGUCAAAACGCACACUUCAGAUAAAAAUGGUCAAAUCGCACACUUCAGAUAAAAUUGGUCAAAUCGUACACUUCAGAUAAAAAUGGUCCAAAACACACACUUCAGAUAAAAAUGGUCAAAUCGCACACUUCAGAUAAAAUUGGUCAAAACGCACACUUCAGAUAAAAAUGGUCAAAUCGCACACUUCAGAUAAAAAUGGUCAAAACGCACACUUCAGAUAAAAAUGGUCCAAAACACACACUUCAGAUAAAAAUGGUCAAAUCGCACACUUCAGAUAAAAAUGGUCACAACGCACACUUCAGAUAAAAAUGGUCCAAAACACACACUUCAGAUAAAAAUGGUCAAAUCGCACACCUAGAUAAAAUUGGUCAAAACGCACACUUCAGAUAAAAAUGGUCAAAUCGCACACUUCAGAUAAAAAGUUGUUAGCCAACUUCAUCAAACUCGCUCUUAAAAUUUGCUUGAAACAAUUUCCAAGAAAUCUAAUUUUGUUGUUUAAUUUAACCUAAAGAAGAUGCUGAACAUUUUUAAAGGGUUUGAAGGUGGACAUUAGUUAUAUUUAUGAGUGACCAGUUUAACUUUAUGAACACUUUUUACUUCCCUAAUCUUCGGUGUCUGAGGUCAAUGUUACUGAUUCUAAUUAAAGUACUUCAUGCAUAGCAACCAAAUUUGGUAUUUAGUUAUACCAUAUAAAACAUAUUAGUCAUCAGUACAAAAAUACAAAAUUGGGAAAUUUCUGGAUUUAGAUUUGGUAUAUGAUACUGACAGAUCCAUGUUCUGGGUGCAAAUUAGGUGGAUUUUGAGAACUGAUAUUAAAUUCCUUAAUCAUGUAAAUGAUGAACGAAAUCCUGCUGAUUUGGAUGGCUGAGUUCCUGUAAUGGAUGUGUGAUAUGAACUCGGAGGCAAGUUCUCAGCAUUACAUGUUGAUGGUGUUUAGACCGAGUCAGAUUCUCAGCAUUACGUGUUGAUGAUGUCGAGUCGGAGUCAGAUUCUAAGCAUUUCGUGUUGAUGAUGUUGAGUCAGAUUCUCAGCAUUACGUGUUGAUGGUGUUGAAUUUGAGUCAGAUUCUCAGCAUUACAUGUUGAUGAUGUCCGAGUCGGAGUCAGAUUCUCAGCAUUAAGUGUUGAUGGUGUGAAGUUCUAGUCUGUUUAUUAUAUUCAUUUUCUAAUCACUUGUGUGUAUUGAAUGUCUCAAUGGGGGAAAAAAAUCCUUGAAAUGAUUUUUCUUGUACAAAGUGUGUUUGGUAAAUUAAAAGUGUAUACUAUUUAUGUGAGAGAUCUUUGAUCACAACCACAAUUUUCUUAAAGAAGACAAUUGUAGUAAAUAAUUGACAAUUGAUUUGAUGAAAAUCUUUAUGACUAUUUAGACUGAUGAGAACCCAAUUUUAACAUAAUUAUACCUCUGAGUCAACAGACUUACAUUGAUCUCAAUAUAAAGGCCCAAUGUGUUGUUUGUCAAUGGCUUCUUCUGUUUCAAUGUUAAAGGGGUCAAAAGUCAAAUUUGGACGAAGAUAUCAAGAUGUAGGGAUAAGAUUUCAGGGCUGGUAUCACUUAGCACGAAGAUUAACUUUACAAAUAGUGACAUUGACUUACGUUUAAAGUAACAGGGGUCAAACACCUGGAAUAAUUAAUUAGUUUGAUAACAUACAGUAAUUGUGCUGAAAUAUUUUUAUUAUUAAAACGUUGUAUGAUUAAAUAGAUUUGAAGUUUUGAAAGAUUAAAUGCAAUCGACAUGACCCUACUUUGAAUUUUCCUGGUUUGAGAAGUUCGCAACUGCAUUGAAUUUGUUCCUAUGAUCCGUCAUAAUUUCUGAACUGAUUUGAUUUAAUUAUGAAAUUUCAUCAGUUAAUUAUCUAAAAUAAUAAUUGUUUGAUGUGUCCUAAAAAGUGUCCUAAAAAGUGUCCAAGUGUAUGUGAUAUAACUUUGUUGUGUACGUUUGUAUGGUUGCCUGGUAUCCUGAUUUGUACAGAUUUCUGUCUAAACACUCUCAACUCUCCUCAUACGUAUCUUAUCUUUUAUGUUACUUCUCUAUUGUGUAACAAUUUAAUUUUUCUUUUGAAAUUCAGUCUUUGAUGUAUAUAUUUUUACGUUUCAAUGAAACAUAGAUGAAAUCUAUUGUCAUGAAGUAAAACUAUGUAUAUACAUGCACCUAUUUGAAAGGAAGCAUAUAGAACACGGAAGGUAAAACCUAAUGAUAUAAAACCCCCUAUAGAGGAAAUGUUUCUCGCCUGAUGUACGUAUUGAUCACAGUCUUGUUUGUUAGUUGGUGAAGGUGGUAUAUAUAAGUAUAUAACUGGUAUAUGUGUACAUGCCCAAAUCAUUAAUAAAUACUGUCAAACAAAAUGACAAUAUUCCAUUGUCUUGGUGACAUAUACAAAUACGAAAUUUGCAUGACUUAAGAGUCUUUUUGGCAAAAUUUCUCAUGGAUUUGAUUUUGUGAUAUAUAACUUAUUAGAUAUUCAUUAAUUUAUGCAGAAUUUAAUGUGUUAAAAAGUUUGUGUCAAACUUUGUUAACUUAAGCUUAAAAACCCUGUUUAUCCAAGUAUUUCUGUGGCCCCAGCCAAAAUUCCUCUUUAUCUUUUUUAACAGUUUUUUUUAUAGUGGUUAUAAAUUUCUUUGGGUAACCACUCCUGGGUUCCAUGGGUUACAAUACUAUCAAGGCUCGAAUCUACAGAACAUGUUGAGACCUAUAUAAGGCCUAACACAACAUACAGAACAUGUUGAGACCCAACACAACAUACAGAACAUGUUAGGCCUAACACUCUCACUCAGUAUCCAAAUGUUACAGUUAAAGAACCAAUAAUAGAUGAUUAAACUUGUGUUUUAAUAACUCAACUGAAAUAAACCAUGGGAAAAUAUGAGAAUGAUAUCAUGCAUAUGAAGUCCUUUAAUCUCUGAAUGACAUUGAUUUAAUCUAAAACAUUAAAAUGCCUUAUUUAAAGGAACAGAAUUGUUGGUAUGAAAAUCUGAGAAUAAGGGGAGGUAAUCUGAGAAUAAGGGGAGGUAAUUCUUGGUUGUUUUCAAUCAUAUUUUUGAACCAAAGAAUGAAAUCGAAUAAUAUAGAGUAGUACAAUGUAGCAUUAGAACAAAAUUGGACUGAUCUUGUUUCUACUCUGCUGUCUUCAUUCUUUCCUACUCAUUGUGUAUUAGUGUUUGAUGUUAAUGCUUUUAUUGUGUAAUACUGACAAUAGUACCAUUGUACAAGGAUUUGAUGCUUUUAUUGUGUAAUACUGACAAUAAUUGUACCAUUCUACAAGGAUUUAAUGCUUUUAUUGUGUAAUACUGACAAUAAUUGUACCAUUGUACAAGGAUUUCACAAUUUUACAUUUGGAAUUAUUGAUAUUUUACUUUCAUGAUUUCAAUUUUGCGUAACCAAAUGGAAUAUUGAUAUCUUCAUAUAAUUAUGUACAUUCAGGAAUACAUUUAAAAUCAA